AUGGGCAAUCAAUACUCACUUCCACCACACACAAAAGAAGAUUUGAAACAAAUCCCCAAGAACGAUUUGCUCAAAUUAAAAUUCGAUAUGACAAUUAAACAGAAAUUGGCCGAGUCCAUGAUCGGAUCAAACUCUUCAUCAUCGUCGUCGGUUGUCAAUUUAAUUUUCGAUACGGAUAUUGGAAGUGAUAUUGAUGAUGCGUUGGCUUUGGUUUCAGUGUUGAAUUUACCGAGAGAAGCCGUGAAUGUGUUGGGUGUGACAACUGUCUAUGGUUAUGUUGAAGUGAGAAGUCAGGUAGCUUCGAGGAUUGUUCAAGCAUAUGCAGAGGAUGAAUUUGCAUCGAGUGGAAGAGUGGUGGAUAUUCCUGUAUUGACUGGAUCUCACUAUUCAAUUGAUGAUCCAAUUGUUUUGGAUCCAUGUUGGCAUGCAAAUACGGAAGGAAUUGGUUUAUUCAAAGAUGAGGAAAUUGAAAAGAUGAAACAAUAUCAAAAUUGUUAUUUGGAUAGAAAUGAAUUAAUGAAACAACACUCAAAGAAGGCAGCUGAAUUUAUUGUACAAAAAGCUAAGGAAUUGAAUGGAAAUUUGGUGAUUGUAUCAUUGGGUGGAUUGACCAAUGUUGCAAUGGCCUAUCAAAUGGAUAACAAUUUGACAAAAUUAGUGAAACGAGUUGUUUUUAUGGGAGGUGGAGUAGUUCCAGUUGGAGGUACCAUUCCAGAUAAUUUUGAAAGAGGCGUCGAAUAUCAUUGCCACUCAAAUCACAAUAUUAGACAAGAUCAAUUUGCUGCCAAUGUAGUUUUUUCAGCUGGAUUUGACGUUUAUUGUGUUGGACAUACUGUUACUCAUUCAGUUUGGUUUGAAGGAAAAACAGUUGACUUUUUGAGAACACUCUCAUUUCACAAAGGACAAAAUCCAUACGAAAAUGAUAAUAUUAUAGAAUCUUAUGAUCCACAAUAUCCUAAAAUGGCUCAUAUUCUUGGUACAUUAUUGGAUGUGUGGCUCAAACAUCGAAGCGUUGUUUUUAGUAAGACAAUCAAGGGAACUUGUCCACAUGAUGCCUUAACAACCUAUGAAGCAAUUUUCAAUCAACAAUUUAUCAAAUACGUACGAGGACACUUUAUUGUAAAUGAAACUGAUGGCAAAGUUUGUUUCAUCUAUGAUCCAGAUUAUGGUAAGGUCAAUGUGGCCAUUGGUUUUCAAAACGAUCAAAUGCCAGCUCAAAUGCUCUCCCUCCUUUCUGAAUCUCUAUUGAAAGCUAUUCCAAAAGAUGAUUUACAUCUCUAUGGACUCCAUUUGUAA